AUGGGGAACUCCGAGGGCCGCAAUACCAAGAAGGAGGGUGACCUGUUGGCUGCUCAGGCCCGGCUCAAGGACCUGGAGGCUAUGCUCAACUCCAAGGAGGCUGCACUGAGCACUGCUCUCAGUGAGAAGCGCACGCUGGAGAAUGAGCUGCACGAUCUGCGGGGCCAGGUGGCCAAGCUCGAGGCAGCCCUGGGUGAGGCCAAGAAACAACUUCAGGAUGAAAUGCUGCGGCGGGUCGAUGCUGAGAACAGGCUGCAGACCCUGAAGGAGGAACUGGACUUCCAGAAGAACAUCUACAGUGAGGAGCUACGUGAGACCAAGAGCCGCCAUGAGAUGCGACUGGUGGAGAUUGACAACGGGAAGCAGCGUGAGUUUGAGAGCCGGCUGGCGGAUGCCCUGCAGGAGCUGCGGGCCCAACAUGAGGACCAGGUGGAGCAAUACAAGAAGGACCUGGAGAAGACUUACUCUGCCAAGCUGGAUAAUGCCAGGCAGUCCGCCGAGAGGAACAGCAACCUGGUGGGGGCUGCCCAUGAGGAGCUGCAGCAGUCGCGCAUUCGCAUCGACAGCCUCUCUGCCCAGCUCAGCCAGCUCCAGAAGCAGCUGGCGGCCAAGGAGGCGAAGCUUCGAGACCUGGAGGAUUCGCUGGCCCGUGAGCGAGACACCAGCCGGCGGCUGCUGGCGGAGAAGGAGCGGGAGAUGGCUGAAAUGCGGGCCAGGAUGCAGCAGCAGCUGGACGAGUACCAGGAGCUGCUGGACAUCAAGCUGGCCCUGGACAUGGAGAUCCACGCCUACCGCAAGCUCCUGGAGGGCGAGGAGGAGAGGUGGAGGCAGGCUGGAGGCAGCAUCACCAAGAAGCGCAAGCUGGAGGCCGGCGAGAGCCGCAGCAGCUUCUCGCAGCACGCGCGCACCAGCGGGCGCGUGGCCGUGGAGGAGGUGGACGAGGAGGGCAAGUUCGUGCGGCUGCGCAACAAGUCCAACGAGGACCAGUCCAUGGGCAACUGGCAGAUCAAGCGCCAGAAUGGAGACGAUCCCCUGCUGCAUUACCGCUUCCCACCCAAGUUCACCUUGAAGGCUGGGCAGGUGGUGACGAUCUGGGCUUCAGGAGCUGGGGCCACCCAUAGCCCCCCCACCGACCUGGUGUGGAAGGCGCAGAGCACCUGGGGCUGCGGGAACAGCCUGCGCACGGCUCUCAUCAACUCCACCGGGGAGGAAGUGGCCAUGCGCAAGCUGGUGCGCUCGGUGACCAUGGUGGAGGAUGACGAGGAUGAGGAUGGAGAUGACCUGCUCCAUCACCACCAUGGCUCCCACUGCAGCAGCUCGGGGGACCCCGCUGAGUACAACCUGCGCUCGCGCACCGUGCUGUGUGGGACAUGUGGGCAGCCGGCCGACAAGGCUUCUGCCAGCAGCUCGGGAGCCCAGGUGGGCGGAUCCAUCUCCUCUGGCUCCUCUGGCUCCAGUGUCACAGUCACGCGCAGCUACCGCAGUGUGGGUGGCAGUGGGGGUGGCAGCUUCGGGGACAACCUGGUCACCCGCUCCUACCUCCUGGGCACCUCCGGCCCCCGAACCCAGAACCCCCAGAACUGCCGCAUCAUGUAAUCUGGGACCUGCCAGGCAGCGGUGGUGUCGGAGGCCUCCUGCUUCCUCCCCACCUCAUGCCACCCCCUGCCCUGAACCUCAUGGGAGGGGCUUGAAGCCAAAGAAAAAUACCCCUUUGGUUUUUUUCUUCUGUAUUUCCUUUUUCUAAGAGAAGUAAUUUUCUACAGUGGUUUUAUACUGAAGGAAAAACGCAAGCAAAAAAAAAGCAUCUAUCUCAAUCCUAAUUUCUCCUUCCUUCCUUUUCCCUGCUCCCAGAAACUCCACAUCUGCCUUAAAACCAAAGACGGCUUCCUCUGGGAGCCGAGGGAAAGGGGUGCUUUUACAGAGCCUAGUUUCUGCUUCUCUGCCUUGGCUGCUGUCCCCACCCCGGGGACCCCGAGAAAUGGUGCCUGAGAGGCAGGCAAGGAGGUUUCUCAGCCAGCCUCCUCCGGACAGCAGGCCUGCUACCAGGCCAGCCCCCGAGAGGGAGGGGGAGAGAGAGGCAGGCUGAGCUGGACCCCAGGCCUGGCCUCCCGAGAUUCCACUACACCUGGCUGAGGCUUCUCUGCCUGCUCCACCCCAGCCCCCGCCCCUGACCCCAGCCCCGGGGUGAGUCUAUCCCAGGUACCAGCUGCGCUUGCUUUUUCUAGAUUUUACUAAGACAAGAGAUGAGAGGUGGAAGAAGGGGGAGAUGGGUGAGUUUGAGCUGCCUUCUAGAACCUGGGUGGGUUCUGUGCAGUCAAUGAAGGCCGAAGUCAAGUGCAGGGAGGAGGAAGAGGGAGGUCACUUGGAAGGGUGAGAGCAGGUGGGGCCCACCCAGGAGGAGAAGGGCAGGAGGGGAGGAGGGGGGUGGCAGUGGUUUUGGCAAACACUAAGGAGCCCCUUGCCUCCUCGCUUCCCAUCUGCACCCCAAUUCUCCUCCCUGGAUCAAUACACUAGUUGUUUCCAUCCCUG